AUGACCUACAAUUUCCAAGAUCAAACGGCCGAACGUACCUCAACGGAUCAGACCUUGCUCGUCGUGGGAGUGCUCUUCUCGCUGCUGGCGUUGUACUUGUCGGUGCAAAUCAGCAAUAACCGAGGACCAACGACUGAUCCGGAUCAACUUCGCAAGAAGAUUAUGCGAAUGGCUAUCCUUCACGGUCAGUUGAGCGACAUCGUUGACCAGUUCAACAGUUGUCACUCUACAACGGUGAUGUUGGCGUUGGCCACGGCCUUUGGACUCACCGUUUUUUCGACAUUUGCUACGAUCCAUGUCUAUGCUGCCAAUGUAGACGAUUCCAUUUUCUGGAUUGCUUGGUCCAGAAUGCUGUUUGAUAUGUUGUUCAUUUCGAUUGUCGUGUACGUUCUGAUAUGUUCCGGGUUGGUCAACGACGAGUGCAAACUGACGGCAGUGUUAGUGCACAAGUCCAUCGGUUAUCGAUCAUACGACAGGCGAAUUUUCCAACAGCUGCGGAAGAUGUCCCAACAGAUGCGGCAUCACACGCCGAAGAUUUCCUGCCGUUUGUUCGACUUUGAUUGGGAGCUGAUGUUUACGAUCAUCGGAUCGCUGAGCACCUAUUUGGUUAUUUUGAUGCAAUUCGACCUUGUCAACUACAGAAUGGAGUAA